AUGGGCCACUACAGGUUGACAAGAUCUCCCCAGCCCUUGCUCCUGGAAAGAAUCAAAAAGCACAUUGCCGUGCAUUGCUAUCUCUCCACGAACGUCGUUGCUUUCACUCAAGACUCAUCAAAGAAGAAGAAGAAGAAGAAGAAGAAGAAAACCCGAAAGCCCAAAGGAAUGGAUCAUAAUCCGCGUGACCAGCCAGAUAGGGCACCUCCCCCGCUGAAGUACCCAACACUAGAAGAAAUGGAAGCUUUCAAGGAAGAAGUGGAAAACUUUGAGGCGAAAGUGGAAGCUUUCAAGGAAGAAGUGGAAUCUUUGAACGAGAUCACGACGGGGGUGCCGCAAUCCAACCCUGGUCACAUGAACACCACAAUGCGUCUGUACCGGCAGCCCGAUCCGGAAUCGAAGCCUAAGAACCUAUUCUUCUACGGGUCCCUCAUGGAUCCCGAUGUCCUCCGCGUCAUCUCACUAAGCUCGGCUGAUCCGGAGCUGCACAAGGCUUCGAUCCACGGUUUCAAACUGAAGAUGUGGGGGAGCAGCGAGCUCAAGGACGGAGAGUUCGUGCUGGAAAACUACCAGCUGUACUCCAAGCCAGACAUCUUCAAGCGGAAAGCCUAG